AGCUUAAGAUUCGUGACAGUCUCUGCCUCCCACCGAUCGUCACCGGGAAACUCGACGUUGUUGUUGACAUUUUAGACAGAAAGGAUACAGUUUGAGUUGCAUUCAUGAACUGUACCAAAGGGUUUUGUCAUCUUUCUAAAUAUUCAUUCCAAUAAGAUCGAUUAAUUGCGAAGCUCGUCCAAAUGAUGAGUUCUCCUGUGUCCAUAACCAGCACAGGGCCUAUAGCAGGUGCUUUUGGUAUGGAAACAGUGGUGGCUGUAGCCCUUGGUGCACUUGCUGCUGUUUUCCUUGGUGCACUCUUAGUGCUGCUUGUUUUGUGUAAACGACAACGAUGUUAUUAUAAUCAGAAAGAUUCUCCGGAUUUAAGCUCGGAUUUGUUAGAGGGUGAAAACUUCUCCGGUUUAGGGUUGGAUGCAUGGGAAAGUGAGGAAUGGUUAGCCGGUGCUGAAAGAUGGGUUGACGAUGCUACCGGUUUAGCUCCUCUGUGCAUUGCUGUAUUGAGAUCGUGCCAUGCAUUGGCAUCAAGUCUGACUGCUAUUGCCGGAACAGUGAACAGUAACACUGUUCCACUGGAAAUAGUGGAUGUUGCUAGACGCAUUCCGCCCCGUGUUGACGAUGUGGUCAGGAGUUUGUAUCCACCUUUGGAUGCGAGGCUCCUAGAAGCUAGGGUGGCAGCACUGGUUUUAGCUGUUACGCAUUUAGCAUUGGUUACAAAACAUGGAGUACCAAAGAGUCAUGCUAGGAAAUUAGCAUUUAUUGAUCAGGCUUUAAGCGAUAUGGACUCUCAUCUGUCAAUAUUACGGAAUGCUGCAUUGGCCCAAGAGGUGGCAUGCUCUGUUCCAGCUUCAACGCCGGUUUGAGUUAGUCCAGCAGUCUGACACGCGGGAAUGUUUUCCGGUAAUUACAUUUCUUUUAUAUCUCAGAUUGUUUUGGGUCUUAACACUACAUUUUUAUUAAGAUCCGAGAUUGAAGGCGUACAUAUUACGGAAAGUUACGUGUUGUACACUUGUCUUUUAUUAUGUCAGGGUCCAAAACCUAACACAGUGCUCUAGUUCGAGUUUUCUACCGACAAUAUUUAGUGCUUCGCAGUUUCUCUACUUAUAAUUAUUAUAAAAAUGUAUACAAUAUUGAUUGCAAAUGCAACAAAUAUUGUGAGAUAAAUAUAUAUAUAUUUGAACAGUUUUACCGUUGAAAAAACACCGGAGGUAACGUUUUGUGAUAUGGAUAUGCGCAGAGAACUUUAGUCUUCCAUUAUUAUAUGCUGCAAUCGAAGUAUUUAUGUAUACCCCGAGAUAAAAAGAAAUUCUAUCUCGAGGACCAAUGUCAUUAUCAAUCGUAUUAAGUAUUUAUAAGAAUUUGUACACAUAUAUUUUGUACGUCUAUAAAAAUCAAAUUAAUUUAUAGAUAAAUAGAACUUUAUAAUAAAUCUGA